AUGCUCUCACGUGUUGCUGCAGUGAAGGCACCCCGCACACACAACCGUCGCCGCGUGACCGGAUCCAGCGGAAGGAGGAGGGAAGGAAGAGAUCGUGAGCCGCAGAGGCCCAACAUGUCCCGGCGUGUGUUUGCUUCUGCCGUUCUGGUGCUUCUACUUGUUUUGUUGACGUACUGCCGUGGAGCUGCGGCCGUUGAGCAGGCAGGGGCCGCUGUUGAUCCUUUUAAGGGGACGACGCCGAUAUCAUUUGCUAAUUGGAACGAGGUUAACGGGGACGGAAGGAAAAUCACCUCGCUCCGUGUUCCCGGCCUCGUUAAAGUUGGUGAAGAUGUAUUUGUCGUUGCUGAGGCGCAGUGUGGGGAGAAGGAUGGAGCCGGCAGCUGUCCUGGGAUUGUCUCAAAGCACCUGAAUAUAAGUCAUGACUCAAUGGAUAUUUUGACGUCGGAUAUAAGUUUGUUUUGCAUGCAACAUGGGGACACUGCCGCGAAUAAUUUUGGGACAACGGAGUUGUUGCGGCCAACGACACUUGUACUUGGGGACAGUGUUUACAUGCUCCUGGGAAACCAAAGCCGUACAAAGCCGCAGGAUGAAGGUACGAAUGAGCGAGGCCUUUUACUCGUGAAGGGAACUGUUGCUGAUGAGGGUGGAAGGAAGAAAAUCAGAUGGAAUGAGACCCAUGUGGUGAGGCCUGAACCCAGAGGAGAAUCUCGUUCCUUGACCGAGUUAAUUGGUGGCGGAGGAUCGGGUGCUGUGUUGCGUGACGGCGCGCUUGUGUUUCCCAUGCAGGCCAAAGACAAGGAUGGAACGAACGUUUUGCUGUCUAUGCGUUUCCCCAAGUCAGGGAACAAAUGGGAGCUUCCAUAUGAGACGCCUGGUAACGGCUGCAGGGAUCCAACCCUGGUGAAGUGGAAAGAAAAGAAAGACGACGAAAGACUCUUCAUGAUGGCUCAUUGUGCUGGAGGCUACUAUGACGUUUACAUGUCCACUGAGAAUGGAUACAAUUGGAAUGGUCACGUAAAACCAAUUACCCGCGUGUGGGGCAACACACACAAUCGAACAGGGGACGGCGUCCAGAGUGGAUCCACCACCGCAAUUAUUAAGAGAAAGAAGGUGAUGCUCAUCACCGCGCCGGUGUAUCCGAAGGACAAUGGAAAAGGUCGGCUCCAUCUUUGGGUGACGGACAAGGCACGUGUGUAUGAUGUUGGGCCGGUAUCUCGUAAAGAUGAUGACGCCGCCGCCAGCUCGCUUUUGAUAAAAGAUAAUAAUAGUGAGUUGAUUUCACUGUACGAGAACAAGAGCGACGGAUCAUACAAUCUUGUUGCUGUGCGUCUGACCGAGAAACUGGAGCGGAUAAAGGAAGUUGUGAAGGCAUGGAGGGAUUUGGACAGGGCCUUGAAAACAUGCCGUUCCGGUUCCGGUGGCACUGUUGACGCGCGCAAAAAGGAUAUGUGCAAUGGUCCUGUUCCCACCAAAGGGCUUGUUGGCUUCUUGUCCGGUAACUCAACUCAGACCGAGUGGAGAGACGAGUACCUCGGCGUGAAUGCAACAGUGACGAAUGGGAAGAGAAGGGUUCCCAAUGGAUUGACGUUCGAGGGAUCCGGAGCGUGGGCGAAGUGGCCUGUUGGCGAAAUGGGGCAGACUGUGCCGUACUACUUUGCUAACAACAAGUUCACUCUUGUGGCGACGGUGUCCAUCCACGAGGUGCCGCAGAGUGACAGCAGCCCCGUCCCUUUGAUGGGUGUGAGGAUGAAUGACACCGACAGCACGGUGCUCUUUGGUUUGUCGUACACCCAUGAAAAGAAGUGGUUGGCCAUAGCGGGUAAACGUGCUAGUUCGAAGCUCGUCGAUGAGUGGGAGGAUGUUGAUGAUGCGGAGGAUGUUGAUGUGUGGGAGCCAAACAGGACGUAUCAGGUGCUGCUGCAAAUGGAUUAUGAUGAAUGGACUGUCAUUGUAGAUAGAAAAGAAAUCGACCACAAGAGCUAUGAUCAGAGUCUGUUUAACUUCCACAGGAUUUCACACUUCUACAUCGGUGGGGACAGUAAGGACCGAAGUGCAACGGGCGGCCAUGUGACGGUGACCAACGUCAUGCUGUACAACGAGGAACUGUUGGGAAAUGAUCUGCAUAAACUCCAUGCCAGCAAAGUCAAUAUUCCAUCACUGGGUGUUGAGAAACAACCCACAGAACAGGUGUCCAGCACAGACGUCUCGAUUGCUUCCGAGCCAAGGAGUGAAGAAAGCACCGCCAGCCAUGAGGAAUUGACUGAGGAUGAUACUGAUGAACAAGAGGAAGGAAUCGUCAAUGAUCUGCUGCUUGCAGCAUCCUCUUCCAAGGCUGACGCGGGAUCAUCUGUUCCUGAAUCCGCCACCGCAGCGCAGAGCGCAGAGAAUUCUCAUCAAGAGGACAAUGCCCAGUUUCACCAGGGCAAAACGGCCCAGCAAUUCACGCUGAAUGAAGCGAAGGAAUCGAUGCAACGGGAUUCAGAUGUGCAGCCACAAGACCCACAGCCAGCGGAAUUAACGGAGGUUACUGAUGUUGAAAUGUCCCCUGAAAGUAAUGAUACAGAACAGCCAGAGGAGGAAGGAGAAGCAAAUGACAGGAGUGACGGAACAACGUCUCCAGUGGCUUCGUCACUGAUUAUGGAAACGGUCACUGGACCAGCUGACGGCGAGCACCAAGUGCAACAAAGCACUGAGCUUUCCGCUGAAAAUGACGACGUGCGGUCCACUGGAACCGGAACCACCGGCGCGGAGCAAAGCCUCAGCCUCGAGGCGGGGGAUGGAAGUUCCGAGAGAACAAUGGGCUCAGGCAGCAGCCCCACUCCUUCAAAGAGUGGCGCCGAAACAAAAUCCGCGGAGAACACCGACAACAUCUCUUGGAGUGAGGGGGGUGAAUUUUCUUCUGAAGACGUCGAGGAGGUGCCACAGACAGUCGACGCCGCACCGGGUAAUACAAACACCACGCCUGGAGGCGAAGGGAUCCCCUCAACAAAAGGCGCGGCACGACACUCGGACAACGACACCUUCACCGGGGAAAUUGCGGAGUUGCUGUCCAUGGGUCUGAACCGUGACAGCACCGUGCAUGGGUGUGUGUCUCGGGUGUUGUUGCUGCUUCUGGGGCUGUGGGGCGCUGCGACUCUCUGUUGA